AUGCGAUGCAAGGUAGCAGCCAGAGGAAACAGGGGUGAGCAGGAGGGAGGGGAAACAGCCGUGGGGGAGCAUGAGCGGAGAAACAGGCUGGGCAGCAGAGGCGAGGGGGAAACAGGUGGAGCCAGAGGGAGGGCUAGACAGACGGAGAGGCAAACAAGCAGGGCCCUGCGAACAGAGGGAGGGAGGAAACAGUGGAAAUCAGGAGUGGAGAGUGACCGGGAGAGGAAAACAGGGAUGGAACAGACGUGGAGAGGCAAACAGUGUGCGCAUCAUAGUGAGAGGGAAACAGUGGAUCAGGUGGAUCAGAGUGAGAGACAGGUAGAGGCAAGAACUGGAGGAAGGCAACAGGUAGAGCAGAGUGGAGGGAAGGAACAAGGUGAAUCAGAGCUGAAGGAAGGAAAACAGGGUGGACAGAGGUUUGGAGAGGAAACAAGGUGCGAUCAGAGGGAGAAGGUGGGGCACCGGGGAGGAGGAAACCAGCCCUAG